AUGGGACGCUGCAAGAUCGAGAUCAAGUACCUCACCGUCAAGAGCAAUCGCAACGCAACCUUUCGCAAGCGCUCUUGCGGCCUGAUGAAGAAGGCGGACGAGAUCCACAUCCUUUGCGGUGCCGAGCUCAUGCUGGAGAUGGAGCCAGAAGGAGGGACGCCUCGCAUCUACGCCUCCGAGAAGCGCAACGAUUACGUCUCCAAUCCCAGGUACCACAUCAACUCCAAAUCCAAGCCCAAGGAUUCCUCCUCCCCAAAGGAAGGCUCGACUCUUCUCCAAAGCUCCAAAGCCAAAGCUCUCAAGCCCGCGUCCAGGGCGGUUCCAAAGCUCGAUCGAGGCAUCAAAGUUCCAUCAAAGGCUCCAAAGCUCAAACUCAAGGCUCCAAAGCUCCAAUUCAAGCUUCCAGGAGGCUUGGAGCUUCCACAGACAGGCUUCAAACUCCCGAAGAUCGAAGCUCUCGACGCACCACCGGCCUUGGCAGCGAUCCCCCUCUCGGUUUCACUUCCGCCACCUUCGAACGAGGACCUCAUCGGCUACCAGGGCUUCGACCACCAUCAGCUCUUGCAAAACAGCGUCAACUUUGGACUACCUCCCACGAACUUGGACGAUCAUGGCUCCUCCACCGCCGCCUCCGCCGCCGCCGCCGCCGCCAACACACCCUUCUUCAGCGAAGAACACGACUUUGCAGCCAUGGAUCCGACCUCCAACAACAACAGCGAGCUCGACAACUUCCCGGACGAUCUCUUCGACUUUUCGUCCCUGAAGAACUUCGAUCCUGCAAGCGAGGAGCCAUCGGCACAGGAUCAGACGACGAACUAUCCUUUACCUCCUCCAGCAGUGCCGCAAAACAUGUUUGUCAUCGGGGACCAGCUCUACUGCUUGCAGCAAGCCGCGGACGGACGAAUGGUCUAUACCGCUGUUACCUGCUAA